GUUGUGUAGUAGUUGAGUGUUUAGAAUUGUGAUUAAAUUUAAAAUAUGGUGAAAAGAGAAGACACAGUGUUGAUAGUACCUACAAUGGCUCGUACACCUUUGAAAUCAUCUUUUUCAAUUAGUUCGAUACUUCCUGAAACAGCUUUAGAGGCUCCAAAGAGUCCAGAGCAAACUCAAAGUCCAACUCCGAUAUCAGAAACCGACUUAAGCGACUCUGAUUGUGAUCUGGACGUGACUGGUGACGACGACGAUUCACCUGUGGUAGACUGCUCAAAAUCAGAAGAAAAAUCUUCUGAGGAUAAGAAAUCUAAAGAAAAACCACCGUACAGUUACAACGCUUUGAUUAUGAUGGCGAUUAGAAAUAGUCCUGAAAAGAGAUUGACUCUGAAUGGUAUCUACGAAUAUAUAAUGUGCAACUUUCCGUACUACAGAGAAAACAAACAAGGCUGGCAGAAUUCCAUAAGGCAUAAUUUGAGUUUGAAUAAGUGUUUUGUUAAGGUUCCAAGGCAUUACGAUGAUCCCGGCAAAGGAAACUACUGGAUGUUGGACCCCUCAGCUGAAGACGUUUUUAUUGGAGGAACCACUGGAAAGCUUCGUCGCAGGUCAACAGCAGCUUCCAGAUCCCGUCUAGCAGCUUACAAGAGAACAUUAUCCAUGUAUUCCCCCUUACAACCGAUGUACCCGGGAUUCUAUCCUCCAUCACCGGCGCUCCUAGCAGCAGCUUACCAAAGGUACCAUCCGUACAUAGCAACCAUGGGUAGUACAGCCAUACCAACCGUCCUGAGGCCAUCACCCGUACAACCUCAACCUGGUCCACAACCUUUUAAUAUGGAAAGGUUACUCGCACCGAGUGUUGACUUCUUCAGACAACCUUUGGAUCUGUAUAGUAGCUUUAGGUUGCCUCCUCCUCCGCCUAGUAUGCUAGCGCAUCACCAAAUGGCGUUAUCACCUACGAGCAGUUCCAGCUCUCCAGAACCUAGAACCAGUCCCGACACGUUGUUUAAACCAGUGGCUGUGAUGUCUAGGCAUAGUUGA